UUCAAGUAACGCCGCUGACAAAGUAACGUGUUAACUUAUUUAGUUCCUCGCAUUUUAGUAUUUAAUAUAUUAAUAUAGUGAUUAGCUUUUCCUUUUAAGUGUUACGUUUUAUAAGCUAUUUAAACUCACCAUCAUCCACUUUAUCCUACUCCUGUAGGGUCGGCACAACAGUGUUUUGUGUGUUUCUAUAUUACUGAGAUUCUAAAUACCAAGAAGUAUUUAGCUUUCGGGAAAGGAAGAGAGUUAGUUUUCAAGAUAAAGCUGCUGAUUUCAGUGUAUAACAACUAUACAACAUACAGUGAAAAGUAUAAACAAUGAAGUUUUGUGUGAUUUUGAUAAUUAUGACUAUCGUUGGUUUUGUUAAACCAGCCAAUAUUCUAUCAGUGUAUCCAUGUCCUUCAAUCAGUCACCAAGUUGUGUUCCGUCCAUUGACAUUAGAGUUACUUAAACGAGGACAUCGAAUGACAGUUAUCACUCCUGAUCCAAUGUACCCGAAAGGUGGACAUAAAAAUCUAACAGAAAUAGAUGUACAUGAUAUAUCAUAUUCAGUAAUUAAAAAAUAUUUAGCGUCACAUGUAACGGGAAGCAAAUCAGAUUUAAUUAAUCAAGUUAAAGGUAUAAUGGAUCUUAUUUCAAUCAGUUUCGAAGAACAAAUGAAAACAGAAGAAGUUCAAAACGUUAUCAAUAAUAAUAAUGAAACGUAUGACUUGAUAUUGAUUGAAGCAAUUUAUGUUCAGGCAUUGGCAAUAUCUCACGUAAUAAAAGCACCAACUAUAUUAAUAAGUUCUUUUGGAAUGUAUUUAGGUAUUCAUGAAUUAAUGGGAAUUCCAACACAUCCUAUUUUAUACCACAGUAUGUUCCGACAGAGGCUUUACAAUUUAACGUUAUUAGAAAAAGCAAAAGAAGUAUACAAUCAGAUUGUUAUUAAUUACGAAGUUAAAAUUAGAGAGGAAAAGGAAAAUGAAGUGCUCAAGAAUAUAUUUGGACCAGACACACCACCGAUAAGUGUUUUAAAAAAUUAUGUUGAUUUGUUGUUUGUAAAUUUGCAUCCUAUUUGGGAAGGUAAUCACCCAGUACCACCAAACGUUGUGUAUAUGGGUGGUUUGCAAGUACAAGCACGCACACCUAAAACUUUACCCCAGGAUCUCCAACAACUACUAGACAGUUCAGAAAAUGGUGUCAUAUACUUUAGUUUUGGUACAAAUGUAAAUCUUCAGACUUUACUGCCACCAGAAAAAAUACAAAUUUUCGAAAACGUGUUUUCUCAAUUACCAUACAAUGUAAUAUGGAGACGAGAUAACGAUCGCGUUGUUAUAAAAUCUGACAAUAUAAAAGUGUACCAAUGGGUACCGCAAGCGGAUUUAUUGAGACAUAGAAAUGUUAAAUUGUUCAUAACACAGGGAGGCUUGCAGUCUACUGACGAAGCGAUCAUAGCUGGUGUUCCUCUCCUUGGAGUACCAUUGCUAGCAGACCAGUGGUACAACGUCGAGAAAUAUAUCAAGCAUGGUAUUGGACAGAAAGUUGAUUUCGAAGAUAUUACAGAAUACAUGUUAAAAAAUGCGAUAUUAGAAGUAGCCGAAGGCGAAAAAUAUAAAAAAAACAUAGUCCGUCUCCGUUCACUGAUGGCCGAUCAACCGGAGGCGCCGCUGCAGCGAGCUAUCUGGUGGAUUGAUUACGUGCUGAGACACGGCGGUGCCAAGCACCUGAGAGCACCUAUUGCCAACAUUACCUGGACUGAGUUCCUGCAACUAGAUUUAAUUAUGUUCAUCGCUUUCGUCACGGUAUCAAUUCCUAUGCAUCGUGGCAAAAUUAUUGCUUACUUCUAUUUAAUAGGGUACACGUAA